UUCCUCCAUGUAGUCAAAUAUGCAUUGUUCAAAAAUAUCCAUUGUUCAAAUUUCCCCAAUAUCUUUUCUUUUUUCCCAGUUGGGUUAAAAUUUGGCUCCAAACAAGGUCUGCAGGUCACAUCUAUUUGCUGUCUCUGAAGACCCCCUUACUUUUCUUCAUGUAAUGCGUUUGUUAGGGAACCAGGCUGCUAGGAAGCAUGAACCUGGGGGAAUGCAGGAAGGGGAGAGAGGGGUCAGGAAGGAGAGGAGGAUCGUGGCCAGAAUAGACAGGCCAUCCAUGCUGGGGGACACAGGCAGGACGUGGAGGCCUGUCUCCCUGCCUGGGAGGGAAUACCAAGGCUGCUGAAGGAUGGGGCCCAACCCUGAGCACCCCUCCUCCCCCCUGCAUCCAGCUGCAAGACGUGAGCCGAGAUAGAAAGACGGCCUGAGCCAGGAGCAGAUCUCAGGUUGUCGAGGGAUCCCGCUGCCCACGUCACACGGGAGGUUUGAGUACAAGUUCAGCUUCAAAGGCCCAAGGCUGGCAUUGCCUGGGGCUGGAAUACCCUUCUGGAGCCAUCAUGGAGACGCCAUCCUGGGCCUGGAGGAAGUGCGGCUGGCACCAUCCAUGAGGAACCGGAGUGGCGCCGUGUGGAGCCGGGCCUCUGUCCCCUUCUCUGCCUGGGAAGUAGAGGUGCAGAUGAGGGUAACAGGGCUGGGCCGCCAGGGAGCCCAGGGCAUGGCCGUGUGGUACACCCGGAGCAGAGGCCGUGUAGGCUCUGUCCUGGGGGCGAUGGCCUCGUGGAAUGGCAUCGGGAUCUUCUUUGACUCCUCAGCAGAGGAUACCCAGAACAGCCCGGCCAUCCGUGUACUGGCCAGCGAUGGACACACCCACUCCAAGCAGCCCGGGGAUGGGGCCAGUCAAGUGCUGGGCUCCUGUCAUCGGGACUUCCGGAACCAACCACACCCCUUCAGAGCACGGAUCACCUACUGGGGGCAGAGGCUGCGCGUGUCCUUGAACAGCGGCCUCACUCCCCGUGAUCCAGAUGAGGUCUGUGUGGAUGUGGGGCCCCUGCGUUUGGCCCCUGGAGGUUUCUUUGGGGUCUCAGCAGCCACAGGCACCCUGGCAGAUGAUCAUGAUGUCCUGUCCUUCCUGACCUUCAGCCUGAGGGAGCCCGGCCCAGAGGUUCCCCCUCAACCCGUCCUGGAGAUGGAGCAGCUCCGCCUGGUGAGGCAGCUGGAAGGACUGCGGGCAAGGCUGGGCCUGGGCACCAGGGAGGAUGUAACUCCAAAGUCAGAUUCUGAAGCUCAAGAAGACGGGGAAAGGCUCUUUGACCUGGAGGAGACGCUGGACAGACACAGCCGGACGCUGCAGGCUCUGCAGAGUCUCUCCGAGCGGCUGGCCCAGGCUGAGAGGCAAUGGAAGCAGCUGGGGCCCCCAGGCCAGGCCAGGCCUGACGGAGGCUGGGACUCUGCCAAGCUCAGUGCCCUGCUCCAUGGACAGUGGACUCUGCUCCAGGCCCUGCAAGGGAUGAGGGACGCAGCUGUCCGCAUGGCCACAGAAGCCCGAGUCUCUUACCUGCCUUUGGGCACUGAGCACCAUUUCUUAGAGCUGGACCACAUCCUGGGCCUCCUGCAGAAGGAGCUUCAGGGCCCGGCGAAUGCAGCAGCCAAGGCCCCCCGCCCACCUAGACAGCCCUCAAGGGCCUCCUCGUGCCUGCAGCCUGGCAUCUUCCUGUUCUUCCUCCUCAUUCAGACCGUUGGCUUCUUCGGCUACGUGCACUUCAGCAGGCAGAAGCUGGACAACAGCCUUCAGGAGUGUCUGUCCACAGGUAGCCUUCCUCUGUGUCCUGAACCACACACCCCUAGGGCCCCGGGGAUUGUGAGGAGGCAGCCUCUCCCCGCCAGCAUGGCCUGACCCACCUCAGAGCCACUUUGCAUCACUGGGAAGCAGGCGGUGUCUGCGAUGGGGGCUUGGUCAGUAUCCUCUCCGUCUGCAUGCCCAGCUCCCACCUACACCUGAGCUUUCAGCACAUUCCCACCUUAUUAAACGUGAUUUCCCUCUCC